CAUGACGUUAGAAAUACAAGAAAUAAGUCAGAUUCCGAACGCCGAGCGAGCAAGGCGAUUUUGAUAAAACCCUCCUAUACCAGAAACAAAACAAUAACCAGCCAUGAACGCCACCGAGAACACCCCAGCUAAGGCGCACCAGAGAGCCGCUGCAUCAGCAGAGUCACCCGAAGUCGUAGACCUCACGGAUUUCUCCGACGCCGAGGAACCGGAGUCCGCUGCCAAGGCGGACGAGGAAGCCGCCCCGAAGCCAGGAGUAGCCGAAGAACCCCACACCUCCGAUGGGGACAUGUACGCAGAUAUGGAGCUAGACGCCGACGAGGCAGGGGCAGCCGACCACGAGGGUCCCCGAGACAGCCCCCGCUGUUCUCCCGCCGACCAUCCGGGUUCCGUCGAGAGAACCUGUGGUCGCCGCCGCCGUAUAAACGACGAGCCGCGCCCUGCUCCCCGGAGCCAGGGUCACCGUCAUUCGAAGAGGAGUUCGAAGAUGCCGAGCCGCGGAUCCCCGAACGGCCGUGGCAUUUACCGCCCCGAGAGGGGCUGGAGCGUUACAACUCCGAAACCAUACAACGCGUACUACGACGACGGGGAGAGAGAAGAGGAGGAACCCUACGGUCGGCAAUUCAUAGCCGAAACAGAGACCUUUCACCACACGGUCACGCCAUGGGGGUUACGCGUCACGCGUAACCACCAGAUGUCCCGCUCCGAACCGGCCGCCCCAGCCAGGGCAAGCCCCCCGCACGCCGAAGCGCGACCGCCAACGCCCGCAUCGGAUCCUCCCCGAUGCCCCAAUCCUCCCGAAGAGUCGGCGGCUGCCACGCCCACGCACGCCGAAGCGCGACCGCCAACGCCCGCAUCGGAUCCUCCCCGAUGCCCCAAUCCCCCAGAAGAGUCAGCGGCGACCACACCAACGCACGCCGAAGCGCCCAACGCGGAGGCAGCGCAAGGCCCUCCCACUGAAUGGCCCACCGGGGCUACAGAAGAGGGAAACGCCGCUCCGGUUCGACAAGCGGAGCUGACCGAACCGGAGGAGCAGUGGGAAACGGGGCCGGACAGCGGGUACCCCACCAUAACCCUACGGAGGGUAAAACAACCCGUUGCGGAGGAGACGGCGCCGACCCCCCAAACUGGGGAGUGGGAAGGACAAGACGAGUUGCUGGUGGACUGCGACUUGGAUGAAAUACUACGAUUUCUUCAAGACGAAUCUACGCGGGAGGGGCAAAGUCCAGCGGACUUCUCCCUGAUCGAAGAGCUGAACCAGCCCACCCAGUGGGUAAUCGCGCCGGCAGAUUGGCAGGUGAACAUCCCAGGCCGGGCCCUACCGGCGGGCCUCAUCGAGGAGAUACACCAGCGGCUGCUGGAAGCGGAGAGGCUCCGCUUCCGAAGCUGGUCCUGGGAUCAGUGCUACCGGGUCCACAAGCGAUCCCGGGCCGCGCCUCCUUAA